AUGAAGUUGUCUUUCUCUUUAGCUCUUUUGGCUGCUGCUGCUCUCAGUGUUCAAGCUGCUGUUACUCCUAAUGCCGCUGGCACUUGUAUCUCUGGUUCAUCUGGCAAACACAACGGAGACGGGUAUAAGGGCUAUUGUUGCGUAUCCUCUGACGAUUGCUUUGAAUCCUGUGUAAAAGGUGUCUGUAAUGGCCCUGCACCUCCUACCAAAACAUCUCAAACCACAUCCACAAAAACUACAUCCACAAAGCCUACUACAACUCCUGGCACCUGUACCAAAGGCUCAUCAGGUCUUGGUCAAGGAGAUGGCUACAACGGUUAUUGUUGCAAGACCUCUGACGACUGCUUCGAAUCCUGUAUUAAAGGUGUCUGUAAUGGCCCUGCACCUCCUACCAAGACGACAUCAGUUCCCACCUCUACUGCUACUCCUGGCACCUGUACCAAAGGCUCAUCAGGUCUUGGUCAAGGAGACGGCUACAACGGUUAUUGUUGCAAGACCUCUGACGACUGCUUCGAAUCCUGUAUUAAAGGUGUCUGUAAUGGUCCUGCACCUCCUACCAAGACGACAUCAGUUCCCACCUCUACUGCUACUCCUGGCACCUGUACCAAAGGCUCAUCAGGUCUUGGCCAAGGAGAUGGCUACAACGGUUAUUGUUGCGAAACCUCUGACGAUUGUUUCGAAUCCUGUAUUAAAGGUGUCUGUAAUGGUCCUGCACCUCCUACCAAGACGACAUCAGUUCCCACCUCUACUGCUACUCCUGGCACCUGUACCAAAGGCUCAUCAGGUCUUGGCCAAGGAGAUGGCUACAACGGUUAUUGUUGCGAAACCUCUGACGACUGUUUCGAAUCCUGUGUCAAAGGUGUCUGUAACGGUCCUGCACCUCCUAGCAAGACCUCUUCUACACCUGUUCCUACUGGUGGUGCUGAAUGCAAGGCUGGUUUCAAGGGCAAGAAGAAUGGACAAGGCCCAAAGGAUGCAUGCUGUUCCACACAAGCUGAUUGUCAAGAAAGCUGUAUCAAGGGAAAGUGCAACUAA